AGGAUAAUGUUGGGGGUUCUAGUGUGCCUCUUGAUUCUUCUCUUUGUAAAAUUGUUCCGGUCAGGCAAGUCGUAUCCUCCAGGGCCUCUUCGACUGCCUCUCAUUGGAGGCAUUUGGCGGUUUUGGUCCGGCAUAUCUCGCAAGUCUUUUCUAGAGAUAGAAAAGCAAUAUGGAAAUAUUUUCACUCUAUGGAUGGGACCUAUACCUAUAGUUAUAGUGUCUGGAUUCCAAGGAAUGAAAGAGGGACUGAUAAACCUUUCAGAAGACUUUGUUGACCGACCAGUUACCCCUUUCGUGAAAGCUAUGACAAAAGAGAAAGGUAUUGUAUUUUCAAAUGGUCACACCUGGAAGCAACAGAGGAAAUUUGGGAUAGCUACCAUGCGGAAGUUGGGACUGGGGAAGAAAGGCGUGGAGCACCAAGUACAAGAGGAGGCCCAUCAGCUUAUUGAGACUUUUGCACGUGCAAAGGGGGAGCCUCUUGACCCUUCAUUACCCAUCAAAAAUGCAGUCUCCAAUGUGAUCUGUGCUUUGGCUUUUGGACAUCGGUUUUCUAUUGACGAUGAAGAAUUCCUCAAGUUGACAAAAGCCAUUAACAUUAUCUUAACAUUUGCAACAAGCGUACUUCAUGGUUUCUAUGAAAUGUUUCCAUGGCUCUUGGACUGUCUCCCAGGUCCUCAUAAAAAAGCGUUUUCUAGCAGAGAUGUCGUGCUUUCAUUUAUAAGGAAAGAGAUAGAAAAGCAUAAGGAGAACCAGUCCCUGCAUGAUCCACAGGAUUACAUUGAUUUCUAUCUACUUCAGAUAGAGAAAAGAAAGAGUGACCCCAACUCCACCUAUGAUGAAGGGAACUUGGCUCAAUCCAUUUUUGACCUCUUUAUCGCAGGAUCGGACACUACCACGACAACUCUGCAAUGGGCACUACUCCUCAUUGCAAAUCAUCCAGAUAUUCAAGAAAAAGUCUACAAGGAGAUGGAAGAUGUUUUGGGUUCCUCUCAAUCAUGCACACAUCAAGAUAGGAAGAAAUUGCCCUACACCAAUGCUGUGAUUCAUGAGAUCCAGCGUUCCCAAUAUAUCUUGUUAAUUGGGAUCCCCAGAGAAUCUGUGAAGGAUGUGAACAUGCUUGGUGUUUUCAUUCCAAAGGGAACCAUUCUUCUCCCAGAUAUUGCCUCUGUUCUUCUGGAUCCCAAGCAAUGGGCAACCCCAGAAGAGUUCAACCCAAAUCAUUUUUUGGACAAGGAUGGAAAUUUUGUGGAUAGAGAAGAAUUUCUUCCAUUUGGUGCAGGGGCCCGUAUGUGUCUGGGGAGGCAGCUGGCGGAGAUCGAGCUCUUCAUCUUCUUUACCAGCCUGUUGAGGUCCUUCACCUUCCAGCUGCCAGAAGGAGUCAAAGAGCUCAGCAAAGAGGCUAUAGUUGGGCUGGCUAUGCAUCCCCAUCCUUAUAAACUCCGUGCUGUUCCCCGCUCAAGUGCUUAG